AAAAAACGCCCGAGCCGAGAACCCAAAACCGCGUCACCACCAUCUCAGCACCAACGCCCGCGGCGCGCACAAUAAGGAAAGCCCCCGCUGGCGGCGAUGGGGCAGACCCACAGCCAGGCCAAGCCCAAACCGGACAGGCACGCGUCUCCACAGCCGCGCGGCGACGACCAGCACCCGAACCAGCCACAAGCCGCCACCGGGAGGCGCCCGCCGGCCGCGCCCGCCAUGGACACCUUCUUCCUGUCGCACGGCUCGCCCACGCUCUCCAUCGACGAGGCGAUCCCGGCGCGGAGCUUCUUCCAGUCGUGGCUGCCGGCGGCCGUCGCGGGCCCGGAGCGGCCGCGCGCCAUCUUGAUUGUGUCCGCCCACUGGGAGACGGCCACGCCGGCCGUCAACGCCGUCCGCGGCGCCAACGACACCAUCCACGACUUCUACGGCUUCCCCAAGUCCAUGUACCAGCUCAAGUACCCUGCGCCGGGCGCCCCUGAUCUGGCCAGGAGGACCAAGGAGCUCCUGGAGCAAGGCGGGUUCGGGCCGGUGAAGGAGGACCGGAGCCGCGGGCUGGACCACGGCGCGUGGGUGCCGCUGAUGCUCAUGUUCCCGGACGCCGACAUCCCGGUGUGCCAGCUCUCCGUGCAGACCGACCGCGACGCCGCCUACCACUACAACCUCGGCAGGGCGCUGGCGCCGCUCCGGGAGGAGGGGGUCCUCGUCCUCGGCUCCGGCAGCGCCACCCACAACCUCCGCAAGAUGGGGCCUUCCGGCUCGCCGCCGCCGCAGUGGGCCUCCGACUUCGACACCUGGCUCAAGGACUCGCUUCUCGGCGGCAGGUACGACGACGUGAACCGGUACGAGGAGAAGGCGCCCAACGCCAAGAUGGCUCACCCGCGGCCGGAGCACCUCUACCCGCUGCACGUCGCGCUCGGCGCCGCCGGUGACGAGUCCAAGGCGGAGCUGAUCCACAGUAGCUGGACAAACGCCUCCCUCUCGUACGCCUCGUAUCGCUUCACCACCAAGAACUGACGGCCUCCAUCGAGCUGUGUUGGCAGCUGACUAGUGCGAGCGUCGGUGGAUUGGUUGGCACUAAUAAGCAUGUUAUUACGCUAGGUGCGGUGGACUCGUGGGUCUUGAAAUGCGUUGUGAAAGAUCACUUGCUUUCGUGUUGGGUCGUGGUCCUUGACAGUGUAUUACUCUUGCUGUCUUACAUGGCAUCUUUUACAUAAUUCUGUUUGUGUC